AUGGUUAUAAUCCAUCGUGUUGCUCUGGAGAUGGCUCAUGCUGAUCGGACAAGGCAAGCUCAGACAGGAACUGGAGUUGUCCAGAGAAUGGAGAUCGUUCAACUUGAUGCUGAUGAUGAGAUGGUUGAUACUUUUCAGCCUGGAUUAACAGCAGAUGUGACACAAGGCCCGCCUGGAGGGAAUAUCAUCCCAUUCCAACCCCACCCUCUUCCUACGAUCGAAGCCGCAGAUGCGCCACCAGUGAUGUGGGAUGUUGGGGUUGACCUUUUGGAGUACCCUGAGUACUACAACAGCCAGAGGAAUGUCAGCCCGAGCGGAGAAGACACUUUGUUUUGA